AAGCAAACAAAACAGAAGCAGCGAAGAAAGGUAGUGCGAUUUACACGAGCAGUUACUAAUUUUAUUAGGCUUUUUUUUCUUCCUUUCUUCUUCUCCAAAGCAGGAGGAGGAGAAAGUCAAAGAAAAAAUCAAGCAAAAAGGUCAACAAGAUAACAUACAGAGAGACAAAGUAUUGAGGGUCCCAAUAGCAAAACCUCUGUUGGACUCUAUGCCCUCCUCAUAUUCCCGCCUCUCUCUCCUCCUUUGAAUCUACUCAACCCUAAGAAGAAAGAGAGAGACACAGAAAAGGACUGUUCAUGUGAGACUGAUUGUUAUAAAAUGGAUACGCCUAAAAAAACCGUAACACAGAGCGAGAAUCCUGUUUCUAAACUCAAACUCGAGAACUCUCCAGUGUACAACUAUAUAAACAGUCUGUCUCCAAUCAAACCUGUCCGAUCAUUAACAUUCCCUCAAAAUAUUGGCUCUCUAAGUUACUCAUCUCCUCCUUCUGUCUUCACUUCCCCUCACGCCUCUUCUCACAAAGGAUCUCGUUUCAAAAGUGAUGAUACUAACUCUUCCAAAGAUGUGCCUGCUUCCGUUGGAGAAGAAGCUUUACAUGAAACCGAACCACCACAAAUCCAACAAAAUGAGUGCACUACUAUUGCCACACCUCCUAGAGUUAUCAGUGAUAAUGAAACGGAUCUGCUGAAGAUGUGUGACGGCAAUGUUAAGCAGAAGAGUGAAAUUCCAGACUGGAAUGCUAUGAUUUUGGGUUAUGAUGAUAUUCUAAUUGAUGACCCAAACAAUGAGUCUGAGGCUUCUAGAUGCUUCUUGGAGAGAUCAACAGAGUCCAAAGCACGUUUACUAAGUGUUACGAAUAGCGAUGAUGCGCUUCACCGUCGAGUGACAAAACGCUGUCUUGACUUUGAGAUGCCAGGGAAUAAUAAGCAUAUGUCGGUGGAAUCUUCAUCGAGAUGUGUAGUAGCUAACAUUGGUCUGCAUCUUAGCACCAUUGCAGUGUCCUCUAAAGACAACAGUGUUGGUAAUGAUUACUCGCUAUCCGGACAUUCAAAAGUGGGUUUGCGAGGUUCUAUCUCUGCGGUUCAUAACUCGCAAGAAACAGUGAAAGAAAAUGGACAAGGUUUAAAAGAAGGUGCUAUGUCUUUAGCUUUGUUAGAACUGAAUCAGAGCAGCCCCAAGAAGAAAAGGCGUAAGGUUGAACAAGCAGGAGAAGCUGAGUCAUCAUGUAAACGGUGCAACUGCAAGAGAUCAAAGUGUUUGAAGCUUUACUGUGAAUGUUUUGCAGCUGGAGUUUAUUGCAUAGGGCCAUGUUCAUGUGUAGAUUGCUUCAACAAACCUAUUCAUGAAGACACUGUCAUGGCUACUCGCAAGCAGAUUGAAUCCAGAAAUCCACUUGCAUUUGCUCCUAAAGUCAUCGGAAACUCUGAUUCCGUCGUGGAAAUUGGUGAUGGUAAUGUAAGCAAGACUCCAGCUUCUGCACGGCACAAACGUGGCUGCAACUGCAAGAAGUCAAACUGUCUCAAGAAAUACUGUGAAUGCUAUCAGAGUGGAGUUGGUUGUUCCAUAAAUUGUAGAUGUGAAGGAUGUAAGAAUGCAUUUGGCAAAAAAUAUGUCUCUGCAGGGUCUUCAUUUACUGGCGUGCAUAUUAAACAAGAUAAAGAAAAUGAAACAUCUGAGAGAGGCAGAACAGAGAAACAACCUUCAACACCAAUGCCAUUAAGACAACCAUUGGCUCACCUUCCCAUCUCAUCCAACAACAUACUGCUUCCUCAUCAACAUCUUCAUGGAGCUUCUGGAUCUUCCUUACUCAAGAGCCAAUCUUCCAAAAGACAAGACAUGAGUUUGUUGUCUCAUUCAAAUAUUGAGACAAUCACAGAGAAGAGAGCAGAUGAUAUUGAAAAUCUAAUCCAGUCUCCUAUAACUAACAUGAUCAAUAAUGCUGUGAUUCCCAACAGCAAAAGGGGUUUCUCUGCCUCAUGUCGGUUCAUCAGAGCUGAGUCCAUGUAGAAGAAAUGGUGGAAGGAAGCUGUUACUGUCAGUUCCAACUUUUCCUUCUCUCAGUCCACACCAUUAGUAUUCUUUAAUUCUUUGAUUUGAUGAUGUCAAGUUGUCAACUUCUAGUUAGUACUUUAUUCUUAAACAGUUACAUCGCAAACGUUUCCAGUAGUCUAGUCGUAGUAACAUUUACGUUUUUUUUUUCAACUCAGUUACGUUUUUUUU